UUUUAUUAUUUUGAUUUAAAAAUGCAUUUUGUGUAAAUUGCUGAGCAAUUAGAUAGAUAUAACAUAAAGUGAUUGAAGUUAAUUUGUCGGAAAAACAAGCCGGAAGAACAAGGCAAUGAAAUUAAACAAGAGCAACUAGAGGUGCAGCUACAGCCAUUGCCGGCACCGCCACAACUUAAACGGCGUCCAGGAUCGGAGAAAAAUCCAAGUUUCGAUCAUAUGAAUGUGAGCUUUACGAGAAGUAAUCGUGGAAACAAUUUACUCACCAUCGACGGCAAAAAAUACACAUUAAACAGACGCUUAAAGGACGCCUGCUAUUGGGAGUGUGUAAAACUGCGGUGCAAGUAUGUUAAGUGUACAGCUCGAGUGGUUACCAAAUUAGAUCGGAUCUCGGCCUUGCGGGGCCAUCAUAAUCAUCCCUAAGACUGCUACUACAAACACUACAACCUUAAUUUAGUCAAAUAAACAUGUGUUAUUUACUAUUGUAAAACACUUACUGAAAUCCAUAAUAUUUACAUUUAAAGCAUCUGCCAGAAGUUUAGGAAGUUCUUUGUGGGCUUAUGUCAUUUUCCAGUUAAUGACCAAUUGCUAAGAUGGCAAAAUGUACUCCUUGUGAAAUAAUUGUACUCCAUAGAGUUGGCUGGAUACUAAUAUAUGCUGCUCAUCACCAAAGACACAGCUUAAGAUAUACAAAACGUUGGGGAGUUGUCGUUAUUGAUGGCUACCGCUUUGUGAUUGGUUCCCAGAUGCAGGAAGUGAGCUAUUUAAAGUGUGCCAAUUUUCGCAACAAAUGCCGCGCCCGGGCCAUUCUUCAUAAGUCGACAGGCAAGGUGCAAGUGCGGCAGGGAAAACAUAAUCAUUCCCGGCAGCAGACGACUACUACUUCUCAUCGACGCUGGCGCAGUAUGUGCGUUCAGCUCGCGGCACUGAUCUAGUUUAUUAUGAAGGCAACACCUAUACGCCCAAUGAAAAACAACGUGAAGGGCAGCGAAGUCGUGAUUGGAAA